ACUAAUAUUAUCCUUUUUAGCAAACUUUUGGUGUAUGCAUCAAUUUCAAUAUAAUAUACCAGUUAGUUUUUCAUUUAUAGCUUCACCAAACUCAAACUAUUGCACAGAGGAUGGUACGGAGUUUCAUAAUUCUGCUAAAUGUUCAAGCUCACAGCUUUUCGUCACUACCCAUUUUGUAGAUGCUAGGGAAGGCUCAAAGAUGCAAAUGUUUGCGUACAAUCGUCAGCAGACAAUGCGUUCUCUUUAUUAUGCCAUCUGCAAAUCGGUUGCUCAAUCUGGCUGCAUCGUUUGCUAUACAUUAAUGAGAAAAAAGGGAUCCUGUUUCACUUCUUUCGUAGAAAAGAUUCUGCUUCCAGACGAUUGCAUCCCAGAGGUUGUUUUUUAUCAAUAUCUAUUACCUUUACCUUCAAAAUGUAUUCAACUGAACUGGGUGUUUGUCAACUUCGUUGUCUUUCUGCCAACUAUGAAGUUAUUACCCGGCCAUUUACCUUUCAUAGCAUGUUUUACUAAGCCUCCCACUAAAAAGGAAUUACUUGAGCAUGUGGUUUCUCACUUCACAACUACACUUUCCGAAGCCAAUUUUUUGAGGGGUUGCCCGAUGACUGCUGCCACUGUGACGCCUGAGAGUGUAACGAUUGAAGAUGAUUACACUACCCGUUCCAAUGGAAAACAUGCUGCGAUUUUAAUGCCUUUGAUUGAACAGGGUGACGUUGUGCGAGUAAGCAUUUAUGAUGGAAGUGCGCAAAGUAGUCGAACAAUGCAAGGUGUUAUCCAAAGCUGUAGAAUAGCUAAUGGUAUGAUCUCCUAUGACGUUCAGAACCCAGACACUUAUGAGGUUCUUUGUGGUUUGAAUUGCUUGCAAGUUAUCCCGUUAUAACAAAA